AUGCAUUUUGUUUUAUGUUGCAUUCUGGAUUGGAGACCUCCGACGCGCGCACUUUUCAAGAGCUUCGAGCGUGGGGAUCGCACUAUUAGAUGGAAUCGUCUGGUGGAGGUCGCGGUGGUUUUCGUGGUUCGUUUGGAGCUAGAGGAAGGGGACGUGGACGAGGGCGUGGUCGUGGACGAGGUCGUGGUCGUGGAGUUGCAACAAAAGAAUGGAAGCCUGUUACCCAGUUGGGACGUCUGGUAUUCGACAGAAAAAUCACUACAUUAGAAGAAAUUUACAUGUUCAGUCUCCCAAUCAAGGAGUGUGAAAUUGUAGAUACCAUAUUGGGUUCAAGUUUAAAGGAUGAAGUCCUCAAAAUCAUGCCAGUUCAAAAGCAGACUUGUGCUGGUCAGAGAACCCGUUUUAAAGCAAUUGUUGCAAUGGGAGACCAUAACUGUCACGUUGGGCUAGGAGUUAAAUGUGCUAAGGAGGUCGCCACAGCUAUUAGAGGUGCUAUUAUUCAAGCAAAGCUGUCAAUAAUUCCUGUAAGGAAAGGGUACUGGGGUAAUCAGAUUGGAAAACCACACACUGUUCCAUGUAAAGUGACUGGAAAAUGUGGUUCUGUGUCAGUACGUUUGAUCCCAGCCCCUCGUGGGACAGGUAUUGUUGGUGCUCCAGUUCCCAAAAAACUCCUUCAAAUGGCUGGUAUCGAUGAUGUGUACACAAGUGCUCGGGGUCAGACCUCAACUUUGGGAAAUUUCGCUAAAGCAACGUACGCAGCCAUACGAGCUACCUAUGAAUACCUAACACCUGAUUUGUGGGACGUGGUUCCAAAAACAAAACACAUAUUUGUUGAAUAUGCUGGAUAUCUUAACAAAAUUGCUAAAGAAGUUUGAAUGAUAAUAUAUGUUGGUGGAUAUUAAUUUGUUCUGUUAAUGAAAUGUUUAUAAUUAUAAACAUGCCAUACAUUGCAUUUAACUAUAUUUGAUGAUAACAAUCGGAAAAGUGUGAUUUGGUUAACACAUCUGAAAUUAUUAAAACUCAGAAUAACACCAUUUUCUUUUAUUAUAGAAGCAGACAUUCAGUGCUGAAAAAUAGGUAUCCCGAGUUUUGUUAUUUAACCAACUAUCAACACCGUUUUAAUGGCAUAGCUUUUUCCCGUGUUUUUGUCAGUAGCAAAAUAUACUGCACCAUAUGUACCAGAACCAUGUUAUUGUCCUUCCAUAUACUUAUCUAACAUAUUGAAGUGAUUAUUUUAGAAAUACUAUAAUGUACCUGUCUCAGCGUAAACCCAUAUUUUAUUUGAUUCCCAGACGAGUUUAUGUCCUUCAACGUCCAAGACUUUACGAAGACAUUGUACUUGUAUAACUACUUAUUUUUAAAUGGGAAAAAGGAAAUCCUUUUUGUUCUGAUGUGAAGGUCCUCAAGAGUGGCGAUCAAAAUUUUUCAUCAUUCCCUUUACUAGUGAGUUCUUCAAAAGGAUAGUAGAAUCUUCCUCUGGUUUAAGUUUUUGACUGUGUUGUGCAUUACCUGUUCAUUGUCUGUUUGAAUUAUUUCUUUCUGAC